GCCAUGACCAUACGCUCUCUCGGAAUUGUGCUAUUUGUUGCUGUUGGCGAAGUGGUGCUCUUUCAAGGGGCUGGGGCUGAAAUAAUAAGCACUAUCGCAACAGAUAUUGUAGAUAUUUUUGUAGUUCUCUUCGAAUUCGUAAAAGGUAUAGUAACAAACAUUAUACAAGAAACGCUGAACCCUCCAAAAAAUCGAAAUUCUUCCAUACAAUAUCUCCUUUAUACUCCGAAAAACUCCAACGAGACAUGCUAUAUGGAACCGAAUCUGAGAGCACUGAAGCAAUGCCCGUUCAAUUCUACUUAUCCUAUGAAAUUCCUUAUACACGGAUUCCACGCCUCUCUGGGCAACAAGAGUUUGUACUGGCAAAUGAAAGAUCGAAUGCUGGAGUUGUAUGAGUAUAAUGUGAUCGUCGUGAACUGGACAGACUACAACCAACCGCCUUACUUCCUGGCUUGCUUGAAUACUGUCGCGGUGGGUCGCGAUUUAGCGGAUUUCAUCCAUUUUUUACAGAACAACACCGGGAUUGAAGCCAAAGACAUUCAUCUCAUCGGACACAGCUUAGGAGCGCAUGUGGCCGGAAUCGCUGGCAGGCGAAUAUCCAGUCUGGGGAGAAUUACUGCUUUGGAUGCCGCUGGGUUUCUUUAUUAUCCUGUGCAACUUUUCCCUGCACUGACCAAUAAGGAUGCUAAUUUCGUCGACGUCAUUCAUACCAGUAAUCUCACAUCUGGUUAUGGAAUUUCCGUUCCAAUUGGCGAUAUAGAUUUUUAUCCCAAUGGGGGCACCAAACAACCACAAUGUCAGACGCUUGGAGCAAAUUAUACAGGUUCUAAAUCUUUGUAUACUGGUUCUUGUAAUCACAAAGCCUCCGUCACAUAUUUUCUGGAAUCCAUCAAUACGACGGAAUGCGUCUUCCUUUCAACCCUGUGCUACAACUACACUGAUUUUUUGGAUGGAUUCUGUACUAACGACUCUUCACCCGUAGCAGAAAUGGGGCUGCCCGCCAAACCGAUCCUCGGACUAGAUCCUAAAUCCAAGUUUUAUUUGAGAACUCGUGUGUAUAAGCCAUACUGUAUCGAGGAUGGAUAUGAGCCAAAUUGAUUUAUUGAUGUCACAAAGCUCAAAGAGGACAUACGAUGAGACUAACAGUUGCUGAAUAAGGCAGGCGUUUUGAUGAAGAACAAGUUAAUUUGAUAUUACAAAAAAAACUUGAAAAAACUUCAUCAAAGAGAGACGUCAUGAGUGUUAGAUGGUUAACAUUUUCACUGUCACAAAUUAUGUCACUGAUUAGGACAUUUCUCUGAUUAGAUGCUUCUGUCUUGUUAUCUCUUAAUUACAGUGGGAAGGAAUAAUCUAAUUAGAGAGUGAUUCAUACUGCAGCUAACAUGUUAAUGUACCAGUGGGUUUAGUUUUCCCAAUAACACACACCAAAUUGUCAAGAUUAAAAUCUUUUCCACUUUUCUUAGGUUUGGCAUUUCUUUUGUGUGCGUGUGUGCUUUGUUUUACUUUGAAAACGAUGAGAACUAGUUUUCAAAUAUGCCUGAGUUUGUUUGUAUUUUUUUAAAUAGAAGUCCCAUUUUUAUUUAAUAUUAUAUCUAAGCAGGAAGUUUCUUUCUAAUUUAAAGUUGAUGUAUUUUACUUUCAGCUCUUUCGUGUGAAAAAUUAAAUUUUGAUUCAUUUUUCAGGAAAUGAAUAUUGC